ACUGCUAUGUGACGUAAUACGUAAAUAAGUUGCUCAAGCUUCUGCUGCUUACUCGGAAGGUUGUUUUGUUGUCUUCUUUCAGCCAUAAUUAUAUCUCGCCUCAGUAAUAUUAACGACAAUGCUACAAUUACAGACAAGCUCUUGGAGAUAAAACGGAAGUGGCCUCUUAUUGGACACGCCAUCUGACUUUGUAACGUAACUACAAAGUGAGCCCCGUGUGGACAACAAACCCAGGCGUCAGUCAGCCAGCUAACAGGGGUUAGCGCCGCAAAUCUCCGCACCGUGUGCCAUUCAUGCUCACUUUCGCUUCCAUUUCGUCCUCGUCUGUCGUCGACCUUUACAUCCUGUCACCAAGUUCAGUCUGUGGUUUCGCCAGGAGAGGAUGAACUGGCUUUUCCCCCUGUCCAAAGGCUCCGGACCUCUCGCUCCUCUGAACAGCCUCCAGCAACAAAGACAGCGGCAGAUCGAGUCCCUUAAAGCCGCUCAUCCGAGCCUUGCAGAGAUCCAGAAGGAUGUGGAGUACAGAAUACCAUUUACAGUCAACAACUCCACCAUUAGUGUUAACAUACUGCUGCCUCCUCAGUUCCCCCAGGAGAAGCCGGUGGUUAGUGUCUACCCCCCUGUUGGUCAUCAUUUAGUCGACAGCAAUAAUGGCACCAUGAUCACUUGCCCCCUCAUCACAAAUUUUGGAAUGCACUCAGAUCUGGGUAAGGUCAUUCAGAGUCUGCUGGACGAGUUCUGGAAGAGUCCUCCUGCCUUGAUGUCCACUGGCCCUGCUGGCUUCCCAUACAAUAUGUACAAGCCGUCAGGCAUGGCGCCUUACCCCACUCAGGCUUAUCACUAUGGUCCUCGCCAUGUGGGCCCCAGUCACACGGCACCUCCUGGUCUAGGUCCAGCUCUCAUGCCUCAUCCAGGGGUUGAUGGUGCCCAUGGGCCCCCUCGAGCUCCAGCCCCAUACGGCCUGAUUUCUGACCUGCCACUGCCGGUUCCUACCGGAGACUACCAGGCUGGACUGAACGGACACAUGUACAAGAUGCCCGAGAUACCCGAGUCUUUUUCUGAACUCUGUGACUUGAAUCUGACCCUGUUGUCGGACAUGUCUGAAAACGAGGAUGUGUUACUGGAGUUCUUUGUGAGUUUGCCACAACUGAAACAGGUCACCAGUGAUAAAGAGGAGCUGGUCACCAAUAUAGUCGACAUGGCUAAGAAAAACCUUCAGAUGGAGCCGCAGCUCGAAGGAAAACGACAAGAAAUGCUCUACAAGUAUGAACAGCUGACUCAGAUGAAGCUGGCCUUUGAAACAAGAAUGCAGAGACAGCAUGAUCUCAGUGAGAGUUGCAGUCUUAGUACUCUACAGGCUCGGUUAAAGGUUGCAGCCCACCAGGCUGAAGAGGAGUCAGAGGAGACGGCUGAAAACUUCCUGGAGGGACGCGCAGACAUCGAUGAAUUCCUGACCAGCUUCAUGGAGAAGAGAACGCUUUGCCACAGCAGAAGGGCCAAAGAGGAAAAAUUGCAACAGUCCAUCAACACACAUGGACCGUUUCCUACCACCCACUAAAACACAAGGUGCGGUGUUUUCUCAGCCAACUUAAAGGAUAAAGACAUUUGAUCGGACAAAAAGCACACUGAGUCAACAAUGGGCACUUUGGAGAAAUAGGAAGAUGGUGAUGGCAACGGUGGGCUAACAAAAGAAGCCCACUGUGCUCAGAUCUGAGCUAUAAAUAUUGUUGAAUAAGUUGCAUUGUGUGAGAGCAAGACGGAGAAUCUGAGUCCCCACAAGAGGCCAAAACUGGGAGAGGGGGUGACACGUGCCUAGCUUUUCCAACCACUUUACUAAGGAAUGAUCACACCGUGGAAAUAUUUCUAUUGCACAUGCUGUUUGUUCAGUUUUGACUUUCCUAAAUUUAUGUCAUGAGGUUCAAUACGGGCAACACCUACACCUGAUCAGAGAUGUUGCUGAUGUGAACUCUUCUGGAAGAAAGUACAAAUUGUUUAGGAAAGGACUCCCAAUUGUUUUUUUUCUUGUUUGUUUUUUUUCAUGCGGUGAGCAAGUAAAUGUCACUAUAGAAUAAUUGUUCAAAUGCUAAUGUCUGUGUCUAUACUUCCAUCUCUAAGAUAAUUGUCAAGACCUUGCUUUCUCAUUCCAAAAAGGUCCUGGAGGACAGACAGAAGAAAAACCUUUGCCUUGCAAAUAUAGUUAACAUGGAUUAUUGUUCUAGAAUGAACCUCAGCAGUGGUUUGUAAUUAAACAACUCAAAUUUGAGAUUCUCCGACAAAAAAGAAGCAAGGACGGGGCAGUGUUGUCAGGAGUGCAUACAAUUUAGACUCUGAUUAUGACAGUGGUUGAGUUUAUGAAGUUGCCGUGUUUGCCCCUGAAGUAAUCGAUAUCAUGUGUUUGCACAAACAUUAAUAAUUUGAUUCAAUUAGGCAGAGCUCUAAUUAUCAUACUGUUUUUUUUACACUGCAAUCUUUUUAUUCACUACCUGAGAAUUAGAGUCCAAUUUUUUUUUUUUCAUGGAUCAAGUUUGUAUGGGGAAAAUAAAAUGUUUCCUGGAGGGUUGACUAUUUUAACAAGCGGGUUAUGUAAAUUGGGAUAUCAGAAAACCAUAUCAACGGUUUGCCUUUCACAUGAAUCGAGGUAUUGGUGCACAUGUCAACAUGCUGAUCAUGCACCGUAGACUUGAAAUUGUUGAUUGACUCUUCACAGAAGAGCCUCAGAAGAUUUGGGUUAAUGUUGAGGAAUAUUAGGGUUACAUGCUGCAGUAAAACAUGACAUUGGAUACUGUAUUUAAAUAAUGUUAAUAAUAGGCUAUAUUGUAACCUUGUAUUAUAUGUUCUUAUUUAAUUUGUUAGUGUAAUAAAGCAUUUAGAAUAAAUCUUGUUUGCUGUUUGACAAUCA